AUGACGCAGCCAGCUCCCGAGCCACCCGCCGACCCGGCCGCCCAAUCCGACGAUGCCGUCGCCCUCAGCAUUCAGCCCGUCAUCGUCUAUUCGGCCGACCAGGACCCGCAGCAUCAGCACCCAUCAUCCCUCAAGGACUCGCACGCCGGUGCAGGCGCCGGCAGAAAGUGGCUCCAAGACUUUCAGAGGGAGCCCAAGCUCGUAGACAUCUCGCCCGCCGGUCAGCCCACCUUUGAAACCCCACAGCCCUCGUCGCUGGAGCUCCAGGCCAAGGUCAACCGCCUCUGGGCAGAGCGCGGCGACUUCUCAAAGUUCAGCGUCGCAGCACUCGCCCGCACCGCCGGCCAGAAGCGAUUCCGCAAGCCGUCGCCCGAAACCCACCCCUCUUCCGACGACACGACGCCGAGGCACAGAUCGCCCUCGUACGAACGAGACGCACCCAGCUACCUGUCCUCGGCCAGCGACGACGAAGACGACAGCCAGAGCAGCAACGACGCGCACAACGAGGAGAUCGCGACCAAGAAGCAAGGCCCCCAGCCGGACGCAGCCACGGCUACCCAAGCUGAUCAGGAAGGCGUGCGCGGCAAGUUCAUCGAGGAGCACGUCUUUACCCCGCUCUGGACCGAGAUGCUCGGCCGCCUCGACCACGCCCACGUCACCUCGAUCCACGCCCAUCAGCUCAUUGGCAUGCUGCUCAAGGCGUACAGGACGGCCCCUGCCUCGAACGUCUCGUCGCUCCUCGCCGGUAGGGCAUCCAGCCCGGCACCCAGCGCGCUCUCGGGGUCCGCCUCGGCCACCGCGACGGCAGCUCAGCCACGCGGGACGGGCGACGACUUUGUCCUGGACCCGCUCUCGAUCGGCGUCAGCAGGGUCAAGCUCGCCGAGCCUGCCGACCGGGCCGACGCCGACGAGGACGACGACGACGAGGACCUCGACGACGACGAAAAGGCCAUCCGGGCGGCCAUGCGCGACGCCUCGUCCAACGAGGCCCAGCGGCUGUUUGACCGCAAGGUCUGCCUCGCCCAGAAGCGCUCCAGCCUGCUCAGCGCGGCUGAGAUCCUGCGGACGGGCGCCAAGGAGCUCAGAGCGUCCCAGGGCCCCGAGCGCGAACGGUGGCGCGGCCUGAGGGAGCUCAAGCAGCGAGGGUGGGGUCUGACGCCAGGGAGGCCGCUCAACGACCAGUACGGUGCCGCCCAGCCAAACGACCCCGACCCGUACCCGGGACUGCGCGGCUUCGGCACACCGAUCUACAGCCAGGGCAAGAUCAAAGAGGAGGGCGCGCGCGAUGUCUGGGUCGGCUUUGGCGCCCCUGAGGCGUCGGUGCAGCAGCGGCGCCGCACCCUGGCCUACUGGGCCGACGCGCUGGCAGAGGCCGACGAGGGCGGCGCUAGGAUGAAAGCGGAGGACGACAAGGCCGUCGAGUCGCAGGACAAGCUCGUCUUUCCGUACCGUCCCAAGAAGCGCCUGCGGGCCAAGUUCGUCCUCCAGCUGGCGUGCGACGAUGACGGUGCUGGCGGCGACGACCAGAUCAAGCAGGCGAUCUGGACCAGCGACCGCCCUGCCGCUACCGGCGACGACAAGGCCACGGGCGUCGAGGCGGCUUCGCUCGGCGAGGUGCUGGACCGGGAGCUCCAGGCGGCGCAGCAGGAGUUUGCCGACGAGGAAAUCUUCCGCGACAUUGUGCACCAGUCGCGGGCGCUCGGCAGCGCGUUCGACGUGCGGCUGACGAGCAAGAGCGUCAGCAUCGAAGUGACGCCGGAGCUCGAUCUCGUCUUUGAGCUGGUCGAACCGGCAGCGGCAGCGGCAGCGUCGUCCGACGACCAAGCCGAUGGCGGCGGCGGCCAAGGGAAAGACGGGGCAGAGGGCAAGGAAGAAGUCGAGGCCGAGGCCGAGGCGACGGCGGGAUACUCGCCGUUUGCGUCGAUGGCGCUGGCGUUUGCGCGGUUCGCGCCGCUGCGCAAGCACCUCGGUCGCCGCGAGGGCGCGCACGAGGCGAGGACGGGCGACGUCUUUGCAAAGGCGCAGGCGCUGCGCGCCCAGACGCUCGCCGUGCCGCGGGGCAGGGGUACGUCGAGUGCCGGCGGUGUCUCUGCCAAGCAGCAGCAGCAGCCGGGGGGCGGGAAUGGGGAAGAUCAGGCCGACAAGGCGCACGAGAGCGCCGUCGCAGCGGCCGAGUCGGUGUACAAGCUCAACAUCCUCGGUCCGAUUUUUUCCAUCCUGCACUAUGCUUCGUUCGUCUAUCGACUCGACAUGGUCCUCUCCUCGAGCAUCUCACGAUUCAACGCAUCGCAACGCAACGGCCAGACAGGGUCACGACGACGAGAGGAGGCGAGGUACACGUUUUCGGCGCUAUCGAGCAUCGGCGCGGGCCAGCUGCCAGAGUGGCUAUCGACGCUCGUCGAACGCGGCCAGAGCCACCGGGUCCGCGAGGCGUUCCGGCCUGACGUCGUCUUUCAGCUGCGUUCCGGGUCCGGUUCUGCUCUACAGGCCGGAUGGAUGGCCGGUAUGGGCCUGGGCCUGGGCCACGCAGCACAGGGCGGUGCACCACCGCCUUCUCUAGACGGCAGCAACGGUGGUGGUGGAACCGGUGGCGAGGCAGAGUGGAGCCAACGUCACGUCGGUGCGGAUCUGGGCGUCGAUGGACGUGCGGCUGUCUUUGUUGCGGAGAGGUGCAUCGCCGUCGCCAGCAUCUCGCUCCCCUCGUCGCUGACGGUGCAGUUUCCGCACAAACACACGCCAGAAGGCCGCGGCCUCACACUCUCCCUCGACCUACCCACGUUCCAGCACCUCCUCGAUCGUGAACUCCAGAACGGGUCCUGA